CUCCACCCGCUCCACCGCCGAUGGCCGAGCCUGAGCCUCUGCCGCAGGUGUCGUCUGAACCUACCACUCCGCCGCAGGAAGGCAGCGGAAGGACUAAGACAAAGAACAAGAAGAAUCGUUCCAAGAAGCAACCGAAGCGAGCCGGCGCUGACACCGACGGGUUAUCCUCAGGCGCCAGCACCAUGGUUGAGGACCCUUUCUUCGUCCUCGCCGGCGGAAAGGAAGGAGGGUUUCUGGAUUUGGAGGAGAUCGAUGAGGCAGACUUCGGCAUCUUCGGAGGCGUCUUGGAUGACGUAGGACAGAGCGUCGAGGAAGCUGGGAAGGAUCAUGGGAAGAAGAAGAAGAAAACAAAGAAGCGGAAGCGUGGGGGUGAUGGCGAGGGCUUCAGUGGCGACGCUGCGUUGGUAGUUGAGAAUGACCAGGUGGAUGUCGAGAAAGUGGAGAAAAAGGUCGAGGAUGGGGAGAAAGGGGAUAAGAAGGGGAAGAGAAAGAUGAACAUGAAGAAGAGGAAGGUGAAGGAUAAUGAGAUGAACAGGGAGAGUGAUGAGGAUGUUGCUAGUGACAAAGCAGAAGACAUGCAAGAUGACACUGAGAAUAUGGAACAAAAUGAGGACGAUGAGCUGAUUUUGGGCGAAGAUGAUGUCUCUGCAUGGAGGGAGCUUAGGCUGCACCCUCUGCUUCUCAAGGCGAUGCGCAGACUUGGAUUCAAAGAGCCAACACCUAUACAAAAGUCUUGCUUUCCUGCUGCAGCUCAUCGAGGCAAGGAUGUUAUCGGUGCUGCAGAGACAGGUUCCGGAAAGACACUUGCUUUUGGCCUCCCAGUUUUGCAACGUCUCCUUGAAGAGCGAGAAAAGGCCACAAGAUUGCAGCAGGAAGAUGAAAAAAUGGAGGAACGUUCUUGUGGAAGCCCUCUUCGUGCUCUUAUUCUGACACCCACUAGGGAGCUCGCCAAACAGGUAUGCGAUCAUCUAAAAGAUGUGGCCAAGUUCUUAGGAAUCCAUGUUGUUCCAAUUGUUGGUGGUCUAUCAAUGGAAAAACAAGAGAGACUUUUGAAAAAAAAGCCUGAAAUUGUUGUUGGAACUCCUGGAAGAUUGUGGGAACACAUGUCGAUGAACAAUCAACACCUAGUUGAGCUGCACUCAUUGUCAUUCUUCAUCUUGGAUGAGGCUGAUAGAAUGAUCGAACGAGGCCAUUUCCGUGAAUUACAAUCUAUCAUUGAGAUGCUUCCACUGACCAAUGGUUCUGAUGAACAAGCUGCAAGAACAAUGCCAAACUGUGAGACUGUACCAAUUUUGCAAAUAAAGAAGCGGCAAACCUUUGUGUUCUCAGCCACACUUGCACUCUCAUCUAAUUUUCGGAAGAAGUUGAAGCGUGGCCUAUCUACUUCGAAGGCAUCGACGCCUGAUGAUGUCAGCUCUAUUGAAGCAUUGUCAAAACAAGCUGGAAUGAAAUCUAAUGCUGAAAUAGUUGAUUUGACAAAGGCUUCAAUCUUGCCUGAGAAGCUUGAAGAAUCUUUUAUUGAGUGCAGUGAAGAGGAUAAGGAUGCCUAUCUGUAUUAUAUAUUGAGUGUUCAUGGUCAAGGUCGCACAAUAAUAUUUUGUACAUCAAUCGCCGCAUUACGUCACAUUUCUUCCAUACUGCGCAUUCUUGGAAUUAAUGUAUUGACAAACCAUGCUCAAAUGCAACAAAGAGCUCGCAUGAAGGCUGUGGAUCGCUUCCGUGAAAGUGAAAAUUCCAUUUUGGUCGCAACUGAUGGUUUUGCAAGGGGUAUGGAUUUUGAUGAUGUGCGAACAGUUAUCCAUUAUCAGUUGCCACAUUCAACUGAUGUCUAUAUCCACAGAAGUGGAAGGACAGCACGCAAGUCAUUGGCUGGCUGCAGCAUUGCGUUAAUCUCUCCUACUGACAAGUCCAGGUUUUAUUCUCUUUGCAAAUCUUUGUCAAAGGAGAAUCUCCAGCAGUUUCCUGUAGAUCAUACUUACAUGUCUGGAGUGAUGAACAGACUCUCACUUGCUCGGCAGAUUGACAAGAUUGCCCGUAAAACUUCACAGGAAAAUGCUAACAAAUCCUGGCUUCAAAGGAAUGCUGAAUCUAUGGGAUUGAUUUUGGAUACUAGUGACAGUGAAGAAGACCAUGUGCAGGGACACAAGAAACGAAAGGCUACUUCUGCACAUCUCCAAAAGCUUCAACAGGAGUUGAGUGAUCUCUUGCAAUGCCCAUUGCAGCCUAAGACUUUCUCUCGCCGCUAUUUGGCUGGGGCUGGUGUCUCACCCUUACUUCAGAAGCAACUAGAAGAGUUGGCCAAGAGAAAUGCAAGCAACAAUAGCAGCAAGAGUAAGAAUAAAGGAUCUGGGUUUGUUGUUAUUGGUCAGGAUCGUGUCGAGCCCUUGCAAGCACUUCAAAAUUCUGGGCAAGAGGUCUGUGUGAACAUAGACAAAGAAAGGGAAAAGCGAAGAGUCGCUGAGAACUGGAGGCGGAAGAAGCAUGAAGAAAAGAAACGUACACAAGAGCAGAAGCGAAAGGAUAAGAGAAAAGCUAAAGAGAUGGCUUGAUGACACAUGAGAUAGCUAGGGGCCUUCAAGGGGUUUACGGAAGCUCUUUAAGCUCGCGUCAAUCCUUUCAGAAAGGAAAGGAAUGCAUUCAUCAAUGUUUUGCUGUAAUACAAUGCGUGCGCUAAGUUAGCGCUUGCCUUUAACAGAUUGGAGGUGGUAGUUUGAUUUUGUUUUGCGGCUGAAGAAAAUAAACUUAGAAUGCACGAGCACUGGCUCUGGAUGAGAAAAGAAAUUAAGCAGAUAGCUCACGUAUAACCUCAUUGGAUCUGUAAUAUGUACGCCUAUCAGAUUUAAGGUACAAAUUAAUUUU